AUGGCCACUGCGAUUCUCUCUUCACGAAACUCUUUAAACCAUCGAUUCGAUAACGAAUCCCUAAUCCACCGUAACCCUACUUCUCGUCUCCACCGUCCCUCGAACCCUGCUCCUCGCCGACCCAAGCGUUCCUCCACGGCGUCUCAACCUAAGACGCUGGUCGCAUCCCCGGCGUCGAACAACACCAAUCUUGUUAUGGGACAAGUCAAGAUCCUCAAACGCGGCGAGACACUGACCUCGCUUCUUAACAAGGAGAAUAACAGCUGCCCCGAUGAUAAGAAACGACAUCGUUUGAGAAUAACUGACGUCGAUUUUAUCGUAGAGUCGACUAAUAGAAUCCGACCUGAACCAGAGACUUUGCAUAAGCAGAUCAGAGCUUUUAAAGGACUAGAGAUCGUCUCCUCCGUAGAUUACGCCGGUGCUUCCAGCUCAGCUUCUCCUCCUCCAAACUCUCUUCCUAUUCCAUGUUUCUUGGAUAACAAGAACUAA